GCUCAUGCUGGCCGCCUUCCCGCUCUGCUACCCGCUGAGCCGCCUGCUCGACUGGGCGCUGCGGCAGGAGCUCAGCGUCUUCUCCACGCGCGAGCGGCUCCUGGAGACGCUGCGGGCCGCCGGCCCCCACGGCGACCUGGUGCACGAGGAGCUGGCCAUGGUGCAGGGCGCGCUGGAGCUGCGCACCAAGGUGGUGGAGGACGUGCUCACACCGCUCGCCGACUGCUUCAUGCUGCGCGCCGACGCCGUGCUCGACUUUGCCACUGUCUCUGAGAUCCUGCGCUCCGGCUACACCCGCAUCCCCGUCUACGAGGGGGACCGGCGUGACAACAUCGUGGACUUGCUUUUCGUCAAGGACCUGGCCUUCGUGGACCCCGACGACUGCACGCCUCUGCAGACCGUCACGCGCUUCUACCGCCGCCCACUCCACUGCGUCUUCAACGACACGCGCCUCGACACGCUGCUCGAGGAGUUCAAGAAGGGAAAGUCCCACCUGGCCAUUGUGCAGCGGGUGAACAACGAAGGGGAAGGAGACCCGUUCUACGAGGUGAUGGGCAUUGUCACCUUGGAGGAUGUCAUUGAGGAGAUCAUCAAGUCCGAGAUCCUGGAUGAAACGGAUCUGUACACAGACAACCAGAAGAAGGAGCGGGUGCCCCACCGGGGACGCAAGCCCCAGGACUUCUCCAUCUUCAGACUCUCUGACAGCGAGAUGAGGGUGAAGAUCUCCCCACAGCUCCUGCUGGCUACGCAUCGGUUUAUGGCAACAGAAGUCGAGCCUUUCAAGUCCCCCUACCUAUCCGAGAAGAUCCUGCUGCGGCUCCUGAAACAUCCCAAUGUCAUCCAGGAGCUCAAGUACGACCGGAAGAACAAGAAGGCCUUGGAGCAUUACCUCUACCAGCGCAACCGCCCCGUCGACUACUUCGUUCUCAUCCUGCAGGGAAAAGUGGAGGUGGAGGUUGGCAAGGAAGAACUGCGUUUUGAGAACGGGGCAUUCACCUACUACGGUGUCCCAGCCAUCAUGGCUGUCAUCUCCUCGGAUAGUGACGUGCGGAAAGUGAGCAGCCUGGCUGGAUCCUCCUUCCUGUUGCCCGUCUCCGUGUCACGCACAUUCGCCUUCAGCAGAGGGGACUCCCUGGCCGGCUCCCCAGUAAACAGGUCCCCGUCCCGCUGCAGCGGGCUGAACCGCUCCGAGUCACCAAACCGGGAGCACUGCGACUACGGAGGCAGCACCACGCAGCUCUACAGCAGCAGCAACAACAUCUACACCCCCGACUACUCCGUGCACAUCCUCUGCGACGUGCAGUUUGUCAAGAUCACGCGGCAGCAGUACCAGAACGCGGUGGUAGCCAGUCGCAUGGACAGCUCGCCCCAGUCCCCGGACGUGGAGGCCUUCAAUGACAGGGAUUCAACCAAGGCCUCAACAGCCCAUGGAACCCCCCAGACGCCCAAAGAGGACACUACUGCCCUCCUGAAUGAGAGGAACAGCAUCCUGUGCAGCCGCGCCGACGGGCUGCGCAGCCCCAGCGACUCCGUGUUCCUGCGCAUGGAGGGGAUCCCCUACAUCCAGGAGGAGCUGGCUGACACCGAGGAGAGCCGCAAGCAGCAGAACAGUGAGUGCUGCAGCACUGCCCUGGAUGUGGAGGCCCCAGGCAGAGAGGCUGCGACCAGCUCCUCUCCGAGCGGCUCCGAGGAGACCUUGGGCAAGAGGCUGCUGAGAUCACUGAGCGGGCGCAAGCAGCGGCAGUCGCUGGAGGAUGAACAAGCACCAGAGGAAAGCUCCAAUCUCGCCCCGUUAAUCACCUGAGCAGUAGCGUGGCUGGAGCACAGUGCUGGAGGCCUAUGUGGACUGGAGGUCUGCAGCAUGGGGGUCUCCUGCCACGAGUCUCACGUCCAACAGCAGCAGGUCUGCACUCGCUCGCUGCCCACCUGCCCGCUCGUGCCGCCCUUCCCUGCAGGACUUGUGCAGAGCCCCGUCCCCAGGCAAGAAAGGCUGAACCAGACAGCCUGGCCCAACUACCUGGAGUCUGUGGGCCCUUGCCCAGGUGCUCCCUGGUAGCACCUGGUCUCAAGGAAGAGGUGGAGAAAGGAAAGAAGUAUCUGGCACGGUGUCCCUGCAAGCAGAGCAGGGAGGGGCGGCCCAACCCAGAACUGCCCCUAGCGUCAUUUACCAUCCCCGUCCCGGCGAGCCUGGAGCCCCGCGGUGCUGGGUGCUGCAUGGAUUUGGUCUCCACCACAGGGCACACGUGCUGCUCGGAGGUGCCACACGCAGCUCAGGGCCCCAGUACGUGUUUGUGCUGUGCCUGGGGACACGCACAUUUGCAGGGCCUCGCGCACACCGACCAUCACCGCAGCCCAGCACUGCGGCACCCUGCGAGCCACAGGGGAGGGAGGCCAAGGCCCUUCCCUCCCUGGGAGGGCUGCUCCGCACUGCAUUUAACCAUCUUCCUCUCUGCUCGUGGCUACCUGUGCAAGGGAGGCUCACGCUGAGCCUCCAGGUUGGUACAGACCCAUCAGUAGUUUUUGCAGAGGCUGAAUG